AUGGAUUCUAAUCCAUCAUUGACACCCAUCAGUGCCGGAGGGGGGCCAAAUCCAAGGUCGCUAUUUCCCCAAGGACCUAGCUUCACACUUGAUAACUUUGCAAAUAAAGAUUUUAUAGUAAGGGACUUUGUAGAAGAACUCGCCCAGAAUUCCGUACCAACAAGUCGGAGAUCUGGAACUGGAAUUCAGUCAUUCGACCCGAAACCAAUGAUCAGGACCUUUGAGAACGCGCUUUCACAACUAGCAAGCCUCUCUGAUGAAUUGCGGCAGCGAGAGACCAAUUUGUUGACCUCUGUACGGCGUGCUGAAAUCUCUUAUAAUCAGACUCUUGAAACUCUCGGUAAAAAACUUGACCAGUCAAUCAGUACAUUUGAAGCUUUGGAUGUCUCACUCAACAAUCCGACUAAGCCUCAAAUAAACUCUCGAGGUGAAAAAUCUGUCGGUGAUGGAAACAUUGCAGUUCGGAUUGGGGAAAAGCUUGAAGACCAAGACAAGCAACGCCGACGGGCUCUAGAUGCAAAUUUCUUAAUUCAGUGCUGGCUAGAGGUUAGUGAUGCAGGUCGUUUAAAGUCAUUGGAAGACAUGAUUCAAUACCAAGGAAGUGGUGAAAACAAGGCUCGCUGUGCGAUUCUUGCCAGGCAGCUUAUGAAAAUGAGUCAAAUAUUAGAUCCAAAUUCAUGGACGCAAGCUGAUAAGCUUAACAUGGUCAACAAUAUGUCUAACGAGAUUAAUGGAGGUCAAGGACAUAAUACGCGUGAAAUAAUUGAGAAAUUUUCCGAAGUAUUGGAGAAAGAUUUAUUGAAACAAUUUGAUGAUAGCUAUCGAAGGCAGAAUUUCGAUGAAAUGCUGGAGUGCGCCAGAGUCAUGCAUGAUUUCAACGGAGGAUCUAGUGUUGUAGCGCUGUUCGUUAAUCAACACCAAUUUUUCAUUGAUAGAAGCCAAUUAAUUACUGAAGAAGUGACCACCGACAAUGAAAUAUGGGACAAGCUAGCGGAUCCAGAUUCAGAUCCGCCGGAGGUCGAACCAAGCUUACGAUCCUUGGUCGAUGAAAUUAAAGUAGUGAUACAGGAGGAAUCUUUCAUUAUAAGGCGGGCAUUUCCAUACUACGAGCUUGUUCUAACUAAGUUUAUACAAAGAAUAUUUCAACAGUCUAUACAACAACGAUUAGAAAUGGUAUUAGAGAAAGCUGACACUAUUUCGUCGCUCGCCUUUCUUCGUUCUCUUCAUGCUUCGAGGAGCUACAUUAGUAGUCUUAUUGAGGAUCUAAAAGCCCAUGGCUUGACAGAACAUCCAGAGCCUUGUUCAGUUCAGGCAGCUCUUACGCUUGAUCAACAACUAGAUGAACUCUUCGUUCCAUAUCUUGUAGGAAACUCUUACAUUGAUAGAGAACGAAAAAGUCUAACUGAGCUCAAAUCCUCACUACUGUUUAAAUACACUAUAUAUCAUUCAAGAAGGAAAAAGGUGCCAACUGGGUUUAUGGCUUCACUCGCUCAGCAGGGAUCUCAAUUGCUCUCUGGAGUCAAAGACGCAUAUAUUGACCGCUUAGAUUCUUCAGAACUUACCCCAACGCAAAAGGCGACACUACUUAGAGUCGCUGAUUUACGUGAUACAGAUAGCUCCUACAACAAAAAUGAAAUCGACGUAACUGACGAGGAUGGAAUAUUGAGUAUUCCGAACGCCCGGCGAAUGUUAAAAUGGAUAGCAGAAAGUGUUAAGCGUGCUCUAGAACUUGGAAGCGGUAGUGACACACCCAAGGAUGUUUCUGUACUGCUAAACUUGCUCUUGACGAAUAUAGGGCAGAUUUACGUUGAGACAACUCUUGACGCUAUAAGUGACCAAGCGACCGCACAAGAAACCUCAAAGAUAGAACCAGACCUUGCAUACCUCCCAUCGCUUCGACCAGCAAUUGUAAUUACAAGAAUUAUGUCCCAAUUUAUCAACACAGUACUCUUACGCUUAGCAGAGUCCAAUACUACUGUAAGACGAAACAUGGAAACACAAACUAAAGCCUGUGUGGAUAGGAUUGAGGUAAAAACAAAUGGAAUAAUUCAAAGCGUACUCACGGUUACAAUUAACUGGAUAAGCAAGCUAUUAGCAAACCAGAAGAAGAUGGAUUUUAAACCCAAAGAUAGUGACCUCAUUGAAACUCUCCAAACAACAACUUGUCUUUCAAUAAGCACUUUUAUAUCUAGAAUCUCUUCGUUAGUUCCUCAAGCUAUAGAUGGUCAUAAUUUAGAGGCUUUUAGCAAUAUGUUAGCAAUUAACAUACGAGAUCUUUUAUUUGAACACUUUAAAAAAUUUCAAGUUAAUGCUACAGGAGGCUUAUUUAUAGCACAGGAUAUGUCGAAAUAUGUUUCGACUUUAAAAGGCUUGUCGUUAACAAAGGAAACAGAAAGUAGUGUUGAAGUUCUAAGCGAGAUCGGAAACCUCUUCAUUAUUGGACCCGAGGCCCUUCGCGAGAGAUCGCGAAAUCUCCAACAAGGAGGUGCAGGAAAGAAAUUACAGAAAUCAGAUUUUAGAGCAUUUGUCAUGAAACGAGAUGAUUCCGGAAGUGUUGGGGUUCAAAGUGUUCUUGCGGGAUUGUAA